AUGAAUCCAGAGCCCAAGAACCAGGAGCUGACAAAGCUGCUAGUCUUAGCUACAGUGACAUCCUCUUUCGGAACAUUCCAGCAUGGGUACAGCAUCUGGACAAUUCAAAACCCUGCUGUGACUGUACUGGAAUUUGGCAACAUAACAUCUGACAAGGAGGACAGGAGCAUCUCGGCAGGGUCCUUCGCCAUCGUCAUGUUCUCCUUCCCGUUGGGAGGCGUUCUCGGCUCGCUUGCACUUCGCUACCUGGUGGACAAUUUGGGCAGAAAAGGGGCCUUGCUGCUAACAAACUUUUUCACCAUGCUCUCUUCUGCCCUCUUGGGACUUUCCAAAGUAGUAAAUGUCUUCGAAUACGCCGUCUUCUCACGUUUCCUUUCUGGAAUAUGUUCAGGUGCAUUUUCCAAUAUGGUCCCGUUGUACAUCGAAGAAAUCUCCCCCGUCAACCUCAGGGGAUCCCUCACCAUGGUACCCACUUUGUUCCUCAACCUUGGCCACUUGGUGGCUCAGACCCUGGGCUACCACACGCUCCUGGGGAAUCCAAAAGGUUACCCGCUUCUGUUGGGCUUCAGCGGGAUCGUGGCCUUCUUAAGCUUCACCCUGCUGCUCUUCUGCCCCGAAAGCCCGAGAUUUCUGUGGAUUCAGAAGCAGAAGGAAGGGAAAGCCAAGAAAAUCUUACAGCAGCUGAGAGGCGCAGAGGAUGUGGAGGACGAGAUCGGAGACCUCCGCCUGGAGGCCCUCGCCGAGAAGGCGGAACGGAACAUGACGGUGCUGAAGCUUCUUCGUUGCCAACAGCUCCGGUGGCACGUGAUCUCCGUCGUUGUCUUGAUGGUGGGGAUCCAAAUAGCUGGUGUCAUCGGGGUGUACGAUUAUUCAGAGAGAAUUUACAACUCCGCGGCAGCGGAUAAGAGGAAAAAUCGAUUCUUAACUAUAGGGCUAAAUUGUCUCACUUUCAGUGUGGCCUUCGGAACGAUGUACACCGUUGACAGUGUGGGACGGAGAUUUUUGCUUCUCCUCGGCUUCAUGAUCUGCAACAUGUCCUGUAUUCUGUUAGCCCUGUCCCUCGAAAUUCAGGCCAAAGUUCCAUCCAUGAUUUACGUCAGUGGCAUUUUGCUCAACGUCUUCUUCGCCGGCCACAUGAUCGGGCCAGGUUCGAUUCCCUACAUAGUAUCCGGAGAAAUAUUCCUCCAGUCCUCCCGGGCCUCAGCUUACGUGAUUGGAGGAUUCGCGAACUGGUUCUCGAGGAUUCUUUUGGGGGUGAUAUUCGUUCAGAUGGAGCCGCACAUCGGGCCAUUUUCCUUGUUCAUCUUCUGGCCUCUCUCCAUGGCCACCUUUGUUUAUAUUUUCAAGAUGAUCCCAGAAACCAGCUGCACGACCUUUUUGGAGAUCCAGAAGCUCAUGGAAGUUCGCAUUGCCGAAAGAAAUAUGUAAAGAGCCCCCGGAGAGAAUCCCGGGCUUGCUUAGUUCUGCGGCGCUGAUCUGAAGACGACGGGGCUGUCCUUCCGUAGUCUUGACGCGUCGGCGUUUGGAGCGGUUUCCCUUCUGGUCCGGAGGAACGGCUUGGCCUUCUCCUCGCGCGCCCAGGCCGCGAAUUUGGUUUCUUCAUUAAACGCUGAAGUGCAGACU